AUGUCUUCUGUCCCACCAAAGCGCUUGGCUCCACUCUCUUUUCCAACAUCUGGAUUCAAGGUCAUCGACCAUUCGGAACUGUUUCAGGAAGAAACCCUUCCUGGGUACCAAGCAGAGCUAUACUACCCAGUGCACGUCGGAGAGGUUUUCAACCAAAGGUACCAGGUAAUGGGCAAAUUAGGCUUUGGCGUUACAUCUACUGUAUGGCUCGCUCGCGAUCUGGUGGAGCCGGAUGACCCAGGGUAUGUAGCACUGAAAGUAUAUGUAAAUGACUUAUUCAGGGGCAACGAAAUCGCAAUUUACGAGCGUAUAAAAGCUGCCACUGCCAAACAAAAUCACCUUGGGGCAUGA